AAAGAAAUUAGAUCCAGUCCGUACCAAAUCCAGUCCCGACAAUGGCGAAUUCCGUAACUCAUUGCUUCUCCUCCUCAUCCUCUUCAUCGCUCUAUCCUCCUCCGCCAUCUUCAUCAGGAAAAUCGAGAAUCAUACCCAUCCAUUUCCAUUGCAGACGACCUUCAUCUCCAUUCAUUUCGAAACUAAACCGAGGUGUUCAGUUCAUGUGUGUAUCUAGUCGGAGAAGUUACGUAUCAUCUCUCUCUGCUCACCAAGCUUCUUCACCAACUAAUAAUGAUGUAGAAGCCCUGAUUAAAGCUUAUAAACAAGCUCUCUCCAACGGAGACGAACUCUCCGUUACGGAAAUCGAAACGGUAUUUUGCGAAAUCGAGAAGGAAAAGAACAGAUUCGACCAUAAGGUUUUGUCAUUAUCAAUGAAGAUAGCUUCAGAGAAGGACACGAAAAUCAGGUUGCAGGCUGAUUUUGACAAUACAAGGAAAAAGCUUGACAAGGAUCGGCUUAGCACAGAGUCAAACGCUAAAUUGCAAAUCAUGAAGAGUCUCUUGCCACUCAUUGAUAGUUUUGAGAGCGCUAGGCAACAGAUUAAACCCGAUACAGAGAUGGAGAAGAAGAUCGAUACGAGUUAUCAGGGAAUUUACAGGCAAUUCGUUGAAGUCUUGAGACACCUUCGUGUUAAAGCCAUUCCAACUUUGGGCAAGCCAUUUGAUCCUUUGGUAAAUUGCACGAGGCUAUUUCGCGAGAAGAAUCUGAGGCGGUUAAGGUAGGGAUGAUAACCGAGGAGCUUUACCAGGGGUUUUCUUCUAGGAGAUCGGGUUCUGAGACCAGCAAAGGUUAAAGUCUCUCUAGGACCCAUCAAGAAGAAAACUGCUUGAUCACCUGCUGACGAGACUACACCUUCUGCUUAAGUUGAUAUGUUUGGAAAGUGGUUCUAUGUUUCUUUGUGUUCUAGUCAAUUUCUUUUUUUUUUCAAUGGUAACACACAAACAUGGCUAUUUUCUGUUUAGGAUGUUCGUUUGCUGCUGAGAGUUGGUUUUACUCUCUUUUUUUUUUCAACCUGAAUCAUCAGUCAAAAUGUCUCCUACAACAAUUAUGGUUCCAAGAUUUUACUCAACCUGA